UCAAGUCCGUUCAGGCAUCUUCUUGAAAUGGACGACCUCACCCAAAUGUCGCAUAAUAAUCACUGAACAAAAACAGCGGUUCAUACUGAAGGCCAAAGCAGACGUGGACCAUUUAAAGCAGGCUACGUGGUCAUGGCAGAAAUAGAGGAGGACAUUGCUGACCUCUUGCCCGUUGAGGAGGAAGAUGAAGAGUCGGAGAGGGAUGAAGAGGAAGGAGAAUUUGACUGGGUGGUGGACGAGGCAGAUGAACUCGAUGAUGAGGAUGUAGUUGUUCUGGACACAGAAGCAGAGCCCUUUGAGUUGGACCAGCCAGCUGAGCGCAGUGGUCACAUAGCAGCGGUGGAUGGACACUGCAUGUAUGUUUGGGGAGGAUAUAAGAAUUCCCAGACCGCUAGCUUCUUGGACUUAUACUUGCCAAGGAAUGAAAUCUGGAUCUACAACAUGGAGACAGAACGAUGGAAGAAGCAGAUGACUGAGGGUAACCUGCAUGCCUCCAUGUCUGGCAGCUGUGGAGUGUGUGUGGAUGGCGUCCUGUAUCUGUUUGGAGGCCACCAUACCAGGGGGAACACUAACCGGGUCUUCCGGCUCCCUCUCCAAACACCGGUCCUCUGCUGGGAGGAGAUGAAGGAUCUCAAGGGCCUGGCCCCAUCCUGCAAGGACAAACUAGGCUGCUGGGUCCACAAGAACAGACUAGUAUUCUUCGGGGGCUACGGCUACGUGGCACAAGGAGCUCACCGAGGGACAUUUGAAUACGAUGAAACUUCAUUCAUGGGAGAUAAUCCGGUGCGGGGCUGGAACAACCACAUUCACGUCCUGGACCUGGAGACGUCCACCUGGAGCCAGCCAGUCACCAAGGGCAACACCCCCUCACCCCGGGCAGCGCAUGCCUGUGCCAAGGUGGGCAACCGAGGCUACGUGUUUGGGGGGCGUUACAGAGAUUAUCGCCUGAACGACAUGUACUACAUCGACAUGGACUCCUGGGAGUGGCAUGAAAUGAGUAUUCCUCAGCAGGGUCCUGUGGGACGCUCAUGGCACUCCUUAACCCCUGUGUCACCUGACCACAUGUUCCUGUUCGGAGGCUUCACAACGUACCGAGAGACGCUCAGUGAUGCUUGGCUGUACUGUGUCAGCAAGAAUGAGUGGCAGCAGUACAAUCACACAGAGAGCCCCAGGCUCUGGCACACGGCCUGUUCCGGUCCUGACGGGGAGGUGUUUGUGUUUGGCGGCUGUGCCAACAACCUGCUGUCCCAUCAGCGAGCGGCUCACUGCAAAGAGUUGCUGGUCUUCACGGUUCAACCCAAGUCACUUGUUCGGUUCUGUAUGGAAGCAGCGCUGCAGCACAGAGAGUUGCUGUCUGGGUCCUGGGACUGCCUGCCUAAACAUCUGCUACACACUCUCAAACAGCGGAUGGGAGGCAUCAACGCCCUGGGCUCAUAAGAGCCAUAUACCACCAUGUUAUUUGGUGUGCUAGGGUUGAGUGUGUGUGAGACGGUGUGUGUGAGAUGGUUGACUGCCAUGGCCUUGCUGCUAGUUGAAUGAAGAGGACAGCUCACCUUGAUCUUGUCACCAAGUGUCAUGAGGAGUGGGUCGGAAAAACAAAAGUAAAUUAAUGUAAAUCAUUUAGAGAAAUAUAGAGGCUUUUGUAGGGACUAGUGUUGGCAAUCCCUUAGGCCAGUCAAUCAGCAAACAUGGCAACGUUCAUUAUCCUAAUUCUGAGUGCUUACUUUUCUGAUGUGUAUAUAUUGUAUUGUAUUGCAUAUAUGUGUGGAUUUGUCAUGCCAGUGUUAAAAAAAAAAAAAAAGUAUAUUUUUUUUAAAUAAAAGUACCAUGUUCAGUC